CAUGAUGUACUGAAGAGGCAGCUUUCUCAGGUUAGUGCCCUGCCACGGCCGAGAAAGGUCCAUCGCCAUCAAGGUGCUGGUUCGGGCAUGAAAGCCUUUUUCCUUGGCGGGUCGGGUGGGACGGGCGUUUUCUUGCCCUGUGGAACAGGCCAUCAAUCCGGGUGUUCGACUGUACUUAUACCCGCAGGAGUAGCACAAGCCUUGAGACUCCACUUUGACAGGAUCAGCUCGCAGUUUGAUCCUGGUGCCGUCGGUGGUUUUCCUAUGCAACCAGCUAUUUUCUUGCCAAAAAGAAUCUCUGAUGGCAAGAGCGCGAAACCCAGAUGGUAGCAGUACUACAUGAUUCGGGAGACAUGUCUCCCUCAGGAGUAUGCUGUGCCCUUAUCCUCUUCUGAAUUUCUGAAUAAAUUGUUGCCCAAAUUUUGAUUUUCGGCUUUUGCUUUGCUAAUCAUUGAGCUUUCCAUGAUUUACUGUAAUGGCACAAUAAACAGAGAAAUAUAAUUAACUGGAGAAUAAAAGGACACGGGAAAGAGCUUUUUUGGCCCUUCCUUUUGUCUA